CGAGAAAAUACGCACACGAAUGAUGAUUAUGCAAAUAAAUUCUACUCUCGGAGAUAUAUAGACUCGAGAUAUUAUAAGUGGCUGGUUUUUCCACAGCCAUGAUUCUCUCCACCCACGCUACAUUUACGUUCAACAAGUCCCCUCAAUUAUAAUAAAAGUACAAGCAGUUUUAUCAGCGGGCGCAUUAUUAGAGUAAAAUCCAAUUUACAUUGAUUAUAAAUAACCUGCAUACAUUCAAUGCAAUAACAUUUUUUCCUUCCCCUGAUUAUGCAACGAAAAAUACUUAUUUCGCCUGGAAUUUGGCCUGGUUCAAAUUGCUCGUUUUAUGCUAAUUUUUUUUCACACGACUUUCGAUUUUUUAAGUCAUCAAGUUGUAGGAAAUUUUCUUUAUCAACAGUGCUUGGCAUUUGCAGACAUGAACAAUUUGAAAACCAAGCAGUAGUGGCGCUGGUUGUAGCACGUGUGUAGACCCUUUAAACUUGUGUACACACAACAAUCGUCAUUAUGUUCGUGUGUCAGUUUUGUCAAUAACAGAUUUAACACGGUUCUAAAAAACUUGACCAGUGACUUCGUUAAAAGAUGAGUUAAUCUCGGUGACUCUCCCGACCCUAGGCGAGAUUGAAUUAGUACGUCAUUUGACGAUGAUCAACUCAAUUAUCAUCAGUAAAAUCAACGGUUCUUCUAAUGACUGUCGGUAGCAAUCUGUGAACCGUUGUUUGGACAUCCAAAUCUUAUAAUGGCUGGCGGAGGCUACGAAGGUGGUUCGACUUACCAUGCUGUUGGAAAUCCUAGAGAAAUUUUCCACUGGCGUUCCCAUAUGAAGCUCUCUAGAAUAAUAAUUCUAGUUCCAGCUCUUCUAUUCAUUGUUCCACUGUUCACGCAUUAUUAUCUAUCAAAGGUUGAGUCAGACUCCCCUUCGAUUGACAUUCAUAGAACGAGAUCAAAGCUUGAAGCGUUCGAGGACUUUACUUCCAUGAAAGCUUCAGAUUUAAAGUCUCGCAUUGAAGAAAUGAUGCGAAUAAAGAUAUCCGUGAGUAAUGAGCUUCGAGAUUUGGAAGCUAAAAGGCAACGUCUUCAGGUCGAGGUUACGAGCUUUACUCAGCGUAUAGACGAUCUUAAACAAGAACUUCUUCAUCAGCAAACUGACCUAGAUAGACUCAAAAUCAGUGUGGUUCAGGCUCAAGUGGCGCAGAGAGAAGCUGUCGAGAGAAACACACCUGAACUUGCGCCCCCAAAGAGAAUACUUGUUGAUUAUGCACCAUCAUUUGUUAAAAAUACCAAUGAUUAUAAAGCCUGUAAAAUGUACAACUGUUUUGAUCACAGUCGUUGUGCUCUGACCAGUGGAUUUCCCAUAUAUUUAUACGAUCCUGAUCAAUUCUCAGUUGUUAAUCCAGGCUGGGAUGUAGAUGGUUUUUUGAAAACUACAAUAAAACAAACAUUAGGGUACAAUCCUCAUCUCACAACAAACCCUGUAGAAGCUUGCGUGUACAUAGUUUUGGUCGGGGAAGCAUUAUCCAUAGAAUAUCAUGGUUCUUCUUAUCAAAGUCAUCCAUUGGAUGCUGAAAAACUUCGCAAACUUCCAUACUGGGGUGGGGAUGGGAGGAAUCAUGUGCUUUUAAAUUUGGCUAGACGGGACUUAUCCGUGAGUUCCGGAAAUGUUUUCGGAUCCAUAGACACUGGACGAGCCAUGCUAGUCCAGUCCACAUUCCAUCGCGAUCAAUUCCGAGAAAAUUUCGAUGUGAUAGUCCCACCUAUCCUGGGACCUCCUGGAGGAGAUAUCUGGCAAGAUUGCCCAUCGAUGUUACCCGCGCGGAGAAAAUACCUGCUUUCAUUUCAAGGGGAAAUGAAACCCCUCAAAUCCAGUGGCACAACAAACCAUGUUGAUGAUGCAGAGGCAGAUUUAGAACGUCUUGCUAUCGAUGAAAAUAAUCUAGAUACUUUUAUCAUCCAACAUCUUCGGGAUAUGACUACUGGAAUCACUCUUGACAAAUUUUUCAUACAGUUUGAGUGCAUUCCAGCUUCUGACGAAAGAAAGUCAACUGAAGUACUUGAUUGGUCACUUUGCGGUACAGAUUCAUCCAGAAAAUCUAUACUGAAGGAUUCCACAUUUGCUCUUAUACUCGCGCCAAGCAACGUGACUUUUGUAACAACAACCUCUAUGCAGGCAAGACUUUAUGAGGCGUUAAGAGCUGGUGCGAUUCCAGUAAUUCUUGGUGGUGACCAAGUCCUUCUUAGUUAUGACGAAGUUAUCGCAUGGAGAAGAGCUGUCAUAUUUUUACCAAAGGCAAGAGUGACUGAAAUGCAUUUUUUACUGCGUGCCAUACCCGAUAAUGACUUAUUAGCAAUGAGAAGACAAGGAAGAUUAUUAUGGGAAAGGUACUUGGGAAUCGCGCAGGGUGCCGUUGACACGAUUGUUGCUGUUGUCAGGGACAGACUUGGAAUACCACCUCUUCCAGCACCCCAAACACCUAGUCCCAGCAUAUUUAAUGAAAGUUUUGUACCACUAAAAGGAGAAAAUAUCAUUGCUGAACCAGAGGCAGAAGAGAGUCUGGGACCCUUAGAACCUCCAUACCCCAGUCCAAGUUUCAGAAGAAAUUACUCCACUUUCUUAACACAAGGACAUAUAAUCUGGAACGACUGGGCCGAUCCGUUCAAUUUGUACCCUCAGCUUCCGUAUGAUACUGUACUUCCGAGCGAUGCUAAAUUCAUGGGAUCGGAGGUCGGGUUCAGACCAAUCGGGAAAGGUGCUGGAGGUGCGGGAAAAGAAUUCAGCGAAUCUUUAGGUGGAAAUCAUCCCAGAGAGCAGUUUACGAUCGUGAUGCUCACUUACGAGAGGGAGCAAGUCCUGAUAAACGCUUUGGCCCGACUUUUCGGACUUCCGUAUUUGAACAAAGUUCUCGUUGUUUGGAAUAGUCCCAAACCACCGAUGGAGGAUCUUCGGUGGCCGGAAAUCGGAGUCCCAAUUCACGUAAUAAAAGCCCUGAGAAAUAGUUUGAACAAUCGAUUUCUCCCUUUCGACGCGAUUGAAACCGAAGCCGUCUUGUCAAUUGAUGACGAUGCUCACCUCCGUCACGAUGAAAUAAUGUUCGGAUUCAGAGUAUGGCGAGAGCACCGAGACCGCGUGGUGGGAUUUCCAGGUCGUUUUCAUGCCUGGGAUCAAAACUAUCAUAAUGCUUGGAAUUACAAUUCCAAUUACUCUUGUGAAUUAUCAAUGGUUCUCACCGGGGCAGCUUUCUUUCACAAACAUUACACUUAUCUCUAUACUCAUUGGCUUCCUCAAGCCAUAAGAGAUAAAGUUGAUGAGUACAUGAAUUGCGAGGACAUCGCAAUGAAUUUUCUGGUCUCUCAUAUCACCAGGAAACCCCCUGUGAAGGUUACUUCUCGGUGGACUUUCCGCUGUCCGGGAUGUCCAGUUUCUCUCUCCGAGGAUGACACUCAUUUCCAAGAGCGUCACAAAUGUAUAAACUUUUUUUCUCAGGUUUUCGGAUACAUGCCCCUACUCAACACGCAGUACAGAGCAGAUUCCAUACUGUUCAAAACCAGGAUACCGCAUGACAAGCAAAAAUGUUUUAAAUUUAUAUAAAUCAGUUAAUGUAUGUUAUAAUUUGUAUAUUUGUGGCGUCGAUUAUUUUUGUGUUUUCCCUUUUCUCAAAAUAUAAGAUGAAAUAAAUACUCGUCAUAUAGGUUUGCAGAUUAGGUUAGCAUGCUCAAAACUCUGCGUCCUAAUGAUUCGAUCGUUGUGAGCGUUUGAGAUUCGGUAAGUAAUACUAUAGAGACUAGUACUACAAAGAAAUCGAAAAUGCCAAAUAUAAUUGACACCGAAAUGGUAGCAGCUCUGACUAUAACUUUUAUUUAUAUUUUCUGAUAUGUAAUAUAUAUAAUGUGUUGUGUUUCACGUUCAAAUUAAUUCUCAGGAUCUUCGGGUCAACAAAAAACUGCCACAAAACAUAGUUGAUAACACUUAUUCUUAUUCUGAAACUGGUGAAACAUUCUUAAAUUUUGUCAUGCUCCUAUUUAACCAGAUUUCAAGGGUUCAUAAUGAUGAUAAUAAUAACAAGAAAUACGUAAAUAUAUACGUGGGAAGAUAUUUGUACAUACGUAAUAAUGGCCGACAGUUAAUUAUUAUAAUCAUUGCGAAUAAAUGUGUGUCACAUAUAUGUAAGUGUAUAAAUUGGUAACAAUAAGUUUUAAGAACUUAUUCCUGACUGUUUAAGAAUACGAAUUAUUUAAUACUAAUUGUACAUUUUAUAUAACUUACAUUUUCAUGUAAAAAUAAUUGAGAAAAUUUUAUGAAUUCCUACUUUUAAAGAUCGCCGGAUUUUUUUUACCCGCAAUGACUGCUCUCUGAAGAAAAAAAGAAAAAGAAAAAAGAAUUUAUCAUAAAAGGUACAGCUAAUGUAAUAUCCGAAUUAUAAAAUUAUUUGUGUUAUCCA